GACCAAUCAGAACUCAUUAUUUGUUUGUUUCUAUAAUUAGGAAAAGAAACAUGUCUGCCACUUGUUAUCGAACUUAUGGAAGUAUGGCUUUCUGUUAGAUUUAAAUUGCAAUGCCAUCGAUGAAAAAUAGUAAAAAAGUUCGUCCCUCUACAGCGUCUGGUUUACUACAAUCUAAAGAAGUCAACCAUGUUCUUGAUGAGCUUCGUCCCACUACAGCACCGGGAAAAACUCAAACUGGUUUUGAUCCGACAUUUCUCACUUCACGCCAUCAUGUUCCUGGAACAUUGACUUCAUCCUCAAUUAAAGGACGUCAAGUUCACGGUGGAAUACCAGAACAUGACUUGAAGGGAGUGCUUGGAAGAAGAGCAACACUUUCUGAGCUGGAUCAUGACAAGGUUAAACGUCCUCUGACAGCUGCUGGUCAAAAAUUGACACAGAAGGUAUGAUUCAUAAGUUUAAGUUGCUUUCCCCGUUAAUUAAUUCCCUGUGCCAGUAUUUAAUUACAC